AUUAGGGCAGCAUGAGGGUAUUACAGAGAGAUAAAUCAGGAUGCAAAGAUCCUUUUGUCUUUUGCGAAGAAGGCAGCUGGGCAGCUGACAGGCACACCAUUCAGCUCUGAGGCUGAAAGGGAAACAUCAGGUGCCCGGGGCUGUUAAAAUGAGUGACAACACUGUUCUGGCUGCUCCAGCUUCAAACCAGGGUCCUACCACCCCACGCAAAGGCCCCCCCAAGUUCAAGCAGAGGCAGACUCGCCAAUUCAAGAGUAAACCUCCAAAGAAAGGUGUGAAAGGAUUUGGAGAUGACAUUCCAGGAAUGGAGGGGCUCGGAACAGAUAUCACAGUGAUUUGCCCGUGGGAGGCAUUCAGCCACCUGGAGUUGCAUGAGCUCGCUCAGUUUGGGAUUAUUUGAGGUGCCAGAGGUUCGGCCACUCUCAACGACAUCUGCUGUAAUUUUGGUUGCGCCUGCCCUGUUGAUUUUGCCCUGUUGAUCUGCCAGAGUCUUGAAAUUCAGUUGAUUGGAAGUGGUUUCUUUGACUUUCAAGGUCAUUUCCGAUCAGUUACUACUAAGAGUUCUCUUUCUGUCAGAAUCUCUCUUGGAGUACAGCUCAAAAUAGUGGAUGCAUUUCAAACUUGACCACCUUUUCCUACCAGCUUGUUAGAAGUCAUCAGUAUUUCUCUACAUUUUGUUUAUGUGUAAGUCCUUUAAAUCUAUUUUUGCUAGGCGUCAAUUACGAUUAAUAGCAGACUUUUUUUUUUUAAAUUUUUUAUUGGAUUUUAGGUUUUGGGGUACAUGAGCAGAGCGUGAAAGACAGUUGUGUAGGUACGCACAUGGCAGUGUGCUUUGCUUUGCUUCUCCCCUUCACCCACAUUUGGCAUUUCUCCCCUUAAGACAACAUUCGUGUCACUCCCCGUCUCUUACUUACCAAAGGAGAUAUUUACCUUGCAUGGCGGUGAAGUCGUAUUAAAUGCUACAUGGAAAUAUCUGAUGCCGUGUUCUGAGCACCAGUUAAACAAAGAAGGCACAGCCAUCCAGGAAAUGAGUGCAGUGCUUGCAAAACAGCAUAGAAUUAAGAUGUGAAUGCUUAGGUUUGUAAACUGUAUACUUUCUGGGUCUACAUUUUAUUGAGCUGGGUUAUUCCAGCAGUCUCGUGCAGCUCUACAUUGUACGGUUCUAAGUUGGUGAGGAACUGGAGAUUUAAACUCAGAAUUCUGACAAUGUGAGCCUUCUUUUCGAUACUCUGGUUAGGAAAGUUUCCUUCCACAGCAUUUCCAUAAUGAAAUUAUUUCGUCCAAUGGCUUAAAAUGGGAGUCACAGGAGUUACACACAAUUGAGUGCUUUGCGUAUGUCUGUAGUAAAUCACCUUUAAACUGUCAAAUUGAAAAUAUUGAUAUCUUAUAAGGUUUAGACUCAUAUGCAAAUGAUAGGCAGUUGACCCUCUAAAUAAAAUGAUGGUUUGCUUCA